AGUCCUGUAAAAAUGGCCUCGCUUUUGAAUGUUUUGCUGCGAAAAUCCGCGAAUUUGGCCAAAAAUAAGGCCCUUUUGGCAAAUUUACCAGCUGUUCACAAUGUGAAUUCUCAUCGCAAUGGCCAUCGAUGGAUGCCAGACCAAGAAUACCUGAAAGAUUUCCAGGGGGCAGUCAUGUACCCUGAUGACAUCACUGACCUUAUCAGCCACCCACCUUAUAGUGGUCAAGUGAUGCCAUCAGAGAAGCAUGUGAAGAACAUGGUUCUGAACUUCGGACCUCAGCAUCCGGCAGCUCACGGCGUGUUGCGUCUUGUGCUAGAACUCGAUGGAGAGACGGUCCGCGCAGCCGAUCCCCACAUCGGCCUCCUGCACCGCGGCACAGAGAAGCUUAUCGAGUACAAAACCUAUACGCAAGCGUUGCCCUAUUUCGAUCGCCUGGACUACGUGUCUAUGAUGUGCAACGAACAGUGCUACAGUCUUGCGGUCGAAAAGCUCUUGAAUAUCGAUAUCCCAAUCAGAGCUAAGUACAUUAGAACUCUAUUCGCGGAACUAACCCGCAUACUGAAUCACAUAAUGGCGGUGGGUACGCAUGCGCUGGACGUCGGCGCACUCACGCCUUUCUUCUGGCUGUUCGAGGAGCGAGAGAAGAUGAUGGAGUUCUACGAGCGUGUCAGCGGGGCCCGGAUGCACGCCGCCUACAUCAGACCCGGCGGAGUGGCAUUGGAUAUGCCUCUUGGUCUAAUGGACGACAUCUACGAGUUCUCUAGCAAGUUCGCCGAGCGGCUCGACGAGGUCGAAGAUGUUUUAACCACCAAUCGCAUCUGGGUACAGAGGACGAAGGACAUUGGGAUCGUCACUGCUCAGGACGCGUUGAAUUAUGGAUUUAGUGGUGUAAUGCUCCGGGGUUCGGGUAUCAAGUGGGAUUUGCGCAAAACUCAGCCCUAUGACGCUUACCAUCUGGUCGAAUUCGACGUGCCCAUCGGUACUAAUGGAGAUUGCUACGACAGGUAUUUGUGCCGCGUGGAGGAGAUGCGCGAAUCCCUCCGCAUCAUCGAUCAGUGCUUGAACCAGAUGCCUCCAGGCGAGAUCAAAACCGACGACGCAAAACUCUGCCCUCCCUCAAGAGAGGAGAUGAAGACUUCCAUGGAAGCCCUCAUCCACCACUUCAAGCUGUUCACGCAGGGCUACCAAGUGCCCCCCGGCAGCACCUACACGGCCAUAGAGGCGCCCAAGGGAGAGUUCGGGGUGUACCUCGUGUCCGAUGGCAGCUCCAAACCUUACAGAUGCAAAAUCAAGGCCCCCGGCUUCGCUCACCUAGCAGCUCUAGAGAAAAUCGGCAAAAACUCCAUGUUAGCCGAUAUAGUCGCGAUCAUAGGCACACUCGACGUCGUGUUCGGCGAGAUUGACCGAUAAAAAACCGAUAACUUGCUUUUUAAAAACCAUUAAAUACCAGGUAAAACCAGAAAAAUACCAAGUAGUACUAAGAAGUACCAUUGUAAAGAAGCUGGUUUUAUCUCAUUCUCGGUUUAGUUCGUAAGGUUUAUAGCAAUCAAUGUAGAUCACUGUACAUUAUUAAUUUUUAAGAAAUAAAAAAUA